CGAAGAUCUUCGAAAGUAUCUAGCGGAAGCAUUUAUUGACCCAAACUAAAUAACCAAAAAGCCCACAAAAACAAGUCCUUCUAUUCACACAGUCCCCACUCCGGUGUGUGUGUCCAUAUAAAUACCCAAAUGCCAAAAAAAUAAUUGUUUAAAACCCUAAAUUCCAAAAACCCCUUCUUUCUUUUCUUCCCCAUUUCACCAUCUUUCGGCUCUCUCCGCUUUUCUUCCCUUUUCAAUUUCUUUCUGAAUUAAAUUUCUUUCUCUGCUUUUUUUUUUUUUCUGGGUUUUAUUUUUUUUUAGUUGGGUUUUCCUUUUUCAAUUUCAAUUCCCACUCUCUGUCAUUACUCAUCAUCACCACUGCACAGUAGGUUUUUUUGGUUUCUUGAUUCCUGAAGUUUGUACUAUGAUUUAUUAGAUUCCCCUUUUUCAUUCCAUUCUUCUUUGAUCUCUGCAAAAAAAUCCCGGCAAUGGAUUCCCAAGAUUCCACCGCUGCUCCGCCACCUCACCACCUUCAUCACCAACAAACCUACCACCCUCAUCACCAACAACAACAACAACAGCAUCACCACCACCACGCUCAGCCACCGCCUCCCUCCACCAUUCUAGUAUCCCCAUCUCAUCAACACCGGCCUCAACCCAACUCUUACCCUCUCCAAAACCCCAAUAACAAUAACAUGAUGCAGAAUCAGCAAAACCCUUCUGCUCCUCGCUUCCCCUUCAACACUAUGAUGUCCCCGUCUGGGCCGAAACCCAUAAUUGAUUACUCCGACGGCGGUGGCGGAGGUGGGCCGGCGUCGCCCAAUGGCGGUGCCGGGUCGGCGGGUGGGUUCAGCAUUGAGCCUGCUAAGAAGAAAAGAGGGAGGCCCAGGAAGUAUUCGCCUGAUAGGUCUGGAAGUAGCAUUGCUCUCGGGCUUUCCCCGACUCCGGUGACGCCUAUGUCCUCCGGUAUGGGCCUUGCUGACUCCGGUGCUGGUGGCACUGCGACGCAUUCCACUGAAGCCCCGGCCAAGAAGCACCGCGGGCGUCCCCCUGGCUCUGGGAAGAAGCAGCUCGAUGCCUUAGGAGUUUCUGGAGUUGGGUUUACACCACACGUUAUUACUGUGAAAGCUGGGGAGGACAUUGCAGGAAAGAUAACGGCUUUCUCACAGCAAGGGCCACGCACCAUCUGUAUUCUAUCAGCGAAUGGUGCCCUCUGUAGCGUGACCCUUCGACAACCAGGAUCAAAUAAUGGUACUGUUACAUAUGAGGGUCGAUUUGAGAUAAUUUCUUUAUCAGGCUCCUACUCUCUGGCAGAGGAUACUGCUAGAAGAGGUCCAAAUCUGAGUGUAUCUUUGGCUGGGAGUGAUGGAAGAGUCAUGGGUGGUGGGGUUGCGGGAGCGCUUAUGGCAGCAACACCUGUGCAGGUGGUGGUUGGGAGUUUCAUUGCCGAUGGGAAAAAGCCAAAAUCUAGUAAGUCUUCUGCAGCACAAGCCCCCAACAUGCUGAACUUUGGAAAUCCAACAUCAGGGGCAAGCCCCCCUUCCCCUUCCCAAGGUGCAUCAAGUGAUUCAUCAGACGACCAUGGUAGUCCACUGAACCGCAGCACUGGGCCAUACAACAAUGCCCAACCAAUGCACAACAUUCCAACAAUGUAUACAAAUAUGGGGUGGCCGAACUCCAGUAUGAAGAUGCAUCCCAAUUGACAUCACCUUCAUUGCGUUAUUGACUUGUUGAGUUGCUGCGACUCUGGUAGAGGUUGACUGCAAAUGCUAACAGGCAGACAGAUCAUAGGGCUUUUCUUUACAUCUCUUCUUUCCUCCAUGUUUAGUUUUUUCCCAUCCGAGUUCGCGAUAUAGGUUUGGUUUAGCCGAGGCAAUAGUUGUCCACUACCCCCUAUCCUGAGAUUAUAUGUUGGCUUCAGCUUUUGACCUCCUAGCUGCUUCUUGUAAACUUCCUUUUUCCAGUAGGAAUUGUUAGUUGUAAUCAUGGUUUCAUCUUCUGAGUGGGACGGCACAAGUUUCAAAAGGCAUUCUACCUUCUUUUCUUCUUAGUUAAUUUUUUUUUUUUUUUUUUUACUUAUUGGCAUUUACUCUGAUUUAGUCAAUGAUGG